UAGGAGUAAAGUUUGUGUUACAGUGAUAUGCCAGUGCAAGUCAUAUGCCUUUUUUCUUUUGUGGACCAAAGGACACCACGCUGAUUAUCCUUCCCCUAUAGAAGUUAAAAACCACGGUACUGCUAUGUUAACAAAACAGGUUAUCGCCUAUUUGGAGGGAGUUUACAACUGAAUUCAAACGUUACAUUUUAAAGUUGUUGAAUACUAGGUGGAGCUUAAUAUUUUUCAGCUUAAAGGAGGGAUGUAUGCCUGACUUUAGGAAACUCCACCCACAUUACAUCCGGAUCCUGUCAACAGUUCAGCCUGACAACUGAUGGGGAAACUCUUAUCAGUCACGAUUCGGUUCACAGUUACACAUCCCAUAUGGAACUCGGCAGACAAGCCAGGAAAGCGGCACAGGGAGUUACUUUGGGUGUGUCGUAUUGAGGUCAAUGAGGAUGCCUAUUGUGAAGUUCCAGAGAGGGGAAAUGGUGAUGGGCCGCUGGCCUGGCAGCAGCCUGUACUAUGAGGUCCAGGUGCUGGGCUUUGAUGCCAAAAGUCAGCUCUACAAUGUCAUCUACAAGGAUGGUACUGAGCUGGAGCUCAAGGAGCAAGACAUCAAGAGUGCUGCUGGUUUCCAGACCCGCUCCCGCUCUCGUUCUCGAUCACCAGGCCGUCGUCGCAGUCGGUCACGCUCCCCAGCAAGGAUAGCACGGCGCUUGACCUCUCAUACAGCAGCGGCUGUUGCAGCUAUAACAGACAGUGCGUCCUCUCGUAGGGAUACAAGGCUGAAGGAUACAUUGGAAGUCAGGCUCAGCCCCCUGCAACAGACAAAGGCAGAUGUGAACAAUAGCAAGAAUAAACAUGAAAGGAAAGAGGAGAAUAACAUGGCUAACAAACUAAAUGAGAUGUCUGAUGCAAAGGUAGAGGCAGAGCCUGAAAAGAACCAGGCCCGUUACAAUCUGCGGCGCAGGAAGGAUGACGGAAGUGCCAAACCAGCUGUAGCCAGACCAGAGCAGCUGGAGGAGGAAGUGGCCAAGAUGGCUGCAGCUCCUGCUGCCACCCUCUCCACCCCACUUGACUUUGGAGGGAAGAUUGGAGCAUACUUCUGGCUUCUCUUUCUGCCAUCCUGGGUUCUUUUCCUGGUAAUGCAAGUCAACCAGGAGGACCCCAGCCUGGUCAACUUCCCCCCUCCUCUGCCCACUCUUGAAGCCUUCUGGGAUGCUCAGGCCCUUUGCUUUGUCAUCCUCUGGAUUUUAUUCCAAGCCCUGCUCUACAUCCUGCCUGUUGGAAAGUUGAGCGAGGGCAUGCCACUGAGUUCUGGGGAGAGGCUUAAGUACAGAACCAAUGGUUUCUUUGCCAUCGUGGUGAGUGCUGUAGCCGUGGCAGCAGCGGUGCACCAGGGUGUUGACCUCACCUACAUCCACAGCCACUUCCUGCAGCUAGCCACGGCCUCGUUCCUCAUCUCUGUCCUGCUUAGCUUCUACCUGUAUGUCCGCUCUCGCUACACUUCCUUAGAGCAGCUGGCAGUGGGAGGAAACUCUGGCAAUUUGGUUUAUGACUUUUUCAAAGGACAUGAGCUCAAUCCCCGCAUCAAAGACUUUGAUCUGAAAUUCUUCUGUGAGAUGCGCCCUGGACUGAUAGGCUGGUGUUUGAUCAACUUUGCAAUGGCACUAGCUGAGAUGAAGCAGCAUGGUCUGGAUUUUCCAUCAAACUGCAUGAUCCUUGUAAACCUCUUCCAGCUGCUCUACGUAGUGGAUGGCCUCUGGAAUGAGGAAGCUAUCUUGACCACCAUGGACUUCAUGCAUGAUGGUUUUGGUUUCAUGUUGGCUUUUGGUGAUCUGGUGUGGGUUCCCUUUACUUAUACCAUACAGACUUACUACCUGGUCAAACACCCCAAACCCCUGAGCCUCCCAGUACUUACAGCCAUCGUCCUACUCAAAUUCGUUGGCUUCUACAUCUACAGGAAAUCCAACUCUGAGAAGAAUACCUUCAGGAGAAACCCAUCAGACCCAAAACUGUCUUAUCUGAAGACAAUUCCCACAGCUACAGGGAAGAGUCUAUUAGUCUCUGGCUGGUGGGGUGUGGUCCGCCACCCUAACUACCUGGGAGACCUCCUCAUGGCUCUUGCCUGGUCCCUACCCUGUGGCUUCAGCCACCUCCUCCCGUGGUACUACAUGAUCUACUUCAUCAUACUGCUCGUGCACCGAGACUCCCGCGACAUGAGUCAGUGCAGGAGGAAAUACGGGUCCGCGUGGGAUGAGUAUUGCAGAACUGUUCGCUACCGAAUCAUUCCCUGUGUGUACUGAGGAAACUGACGCUGGACACUCGAGCUAAGGCCUUUUUUGACAGGCCUCUGAAGUCAUGGCUCUGUCAUGGCUCUGAAGGCUCACAAAAAACCCAAAUAUGUAUGGAUUGAUUCAUUGAAUUGACUUUUUAGUUAGGUUUU